AUGGCGGCGACCACCCUGGCUGGCUUCCCUCCCGUGGAGCUCAUCGCUGAGGAGAGGAGAAUCCUGUACUGGAGGAUCAAAGAGCUCCGCGAGGAAUGGGGCCUAAGGGCCAGGGAUGAGCGGGCCUUGAAAUCCCAAGCUGUGGCCCGUACCCACGAGAUGUGGGCGGACAUACUGUCCGACCCACGAGGGUACGGGCUACAGACGGCAGAGGCCGUCCGCCCCUGCCUGCCAGAGCUAGCGGGCAGGAGGGGAUGCGGAUUGUCCUUUCAUCUGGUGCAGAUACUGACAGGUCAUGGGUGUUUUGGCAAGUAUCUGCACCAGAUAGGAAAGGAGCUCACCACCAGAUGCCACCACAGUUCCGUGCUAAUGGACACGGCGCUCCAUACCCUGGCUGCUUGCCCAGCUUGGGAAGAGGAGCGCCGUAUCCUGGCCGGGGCCAUAGGGUGGCGGGAUGGUGAAAUAUCGUUCCCGCGCAUGGUCGCGUUCAUGUGCGGGAGUGAGGAAGAUUGGAAAGCAGCGGCCUCCUUCUGCAAGGACAUAAUGUCCAGGAAGGAGGCCGCCGAGAGGGAGCGCCGGCCACGCACAACCCAACAGGGCGCGGUAAAAGAUGGCGGGGGGCUCGACAAACGAGCCCUGGAGCCGGAGGGUUGA